UUCAGGAAGGACACCAGCGUUGCUCGGAUGGCUGACACAUCAGGAGACGGCAGGGAGGACUUCAAUGGCUCUCCACUGGUUGUUAAAGUUUACACAGCUAAUGGUUUGACCAGAGAGACGACAAAAUACCAAAACCUGUGGCCAAGACCGCUGGCUCGAAAAUGGAUCCUGAUGCUGUUCAUAGGCUCAUGCCUCCUCUACUGUUCCAGGAUGGCCAUGCCAAUCUGUGCAGUGUCAAUGGCAACCUCUUUCCACUGGAGUAAGAUCGAUUCCGGGCUGGUUCUGGGUGGAUUCUUCUGGGGUUACUGUUUCACACAGAUCCUGGGUGGACAUGCUAGUGACGAGGUUGGAGGAGAGCGUGUCCUGUUUAUCUCUUCAGUCUUGUGGGCUCUGGUCACAGCUGGUACUCCUCUUCUGGCCCACUUAGGUUCUCACACCUUGGCUCUCAUGGCUCUGGCCAGAUUCCUCAUGGGAGUACUGCAAGGUGUUUUUUUCCCGUCUUUGGCCAGCCUUUGCUCACAGCACGUGGUGGAAGAAGAGAGGGGUUUUUUAAUGAGCACCAUGAGCAGUGGUAGCAAUCUUGGAAUAUUGCUAGCAGGUGGAUUGGGGUCCCUGAUGCUGGACCGGUACGGCUGGGAGAGCAUGUUCUACAGUAUUGGUUUCCUUUCCGGACUCUGGGCACUCAUAUUUUGGCUGUGUUUAAUAAAAGGUUUAGAAGUUGCCCCCAAGCAGAUGGAAACAAGUAAUGACACACAAUGGAGUUUGUCAAGAACACGCUUGCUGAGUCUUUUUAAGAAGCCACCUGUCUGGUACAGCCUGCAUCCUUUAAUCCUUCACUCUUUACCAAUACAGGAUUGUUUGAGUUUUCAGCCUAACCCCAUUUCUACAUCUGUCUUUGUCAUCUUCUUUCUCAGGGCCAUGAUGUUUACUCACAUGUGCGCGUCCAGCACUUCCUACACGUUAUUGUCGUGGUUGCCAACGUACUUCAAAGAAUCAUUUCCAGAUGCCAUGGAAUCUGUGUAUAAUGUAAUUCCAUGGCUUGUUGCAAUUCCAUCAGCACUUGCCGGAGGAUGCAUAUCAGGUGCUCUCAUCAACCAAGGAUAUAGUGUAGGAUUGGUGAGGAAGAUAAUGCAGUUCUUUGCCAUGGGCGUAUCGAGUGUGUUUAUUAUGCUUCUGUCUGGAGCCGUGCCAUUUACCUCUGCUGUGAUUUUCGUUUCCGCUGCAAUUGGUCUGUCCACCUUCAGCAGCAGUGGUGUGAGUGUGAACGUACAAGAUCUCUGCCCAUCAUGUGCUGGUGCCAUCUACGGUUUUAUGAAUAUGUUGGGUGCUUUCAUUGGACUGGUGUUGGUCUUUGUCUCAGGUUACCUGAUUGAGGUCACGUUGUCGUGGACCACGGUGUUCUCCCUCCUCACUUUAGUGAACGGCACAGGCCUCGGGGUUUUCCUCAUCUUUGGAGAAGGUCGUCGUGUCGACCUGUACGAUUACAAAAAGGUUACUUUGAUUUGACCCAGACAUACCAGUCUGCAUCUGAUUUGUGAGACUGGACAUUACAUUUCAAUUUUAAACAGUUUGUCAAAAUUAAGAGUUGAUUUUGAAUCCCUCUUUGCUGAAACUGGCUGUGAACAAUGCACAAACAUAAACAACAGUACAGUAUAAUGUAGUGAAAUAAUAGUUUUGAUUGGUAUAAAGUUGUGUUUUCUUUGUCAUUGUUUUGACAAUGGAAUCACAUGUUUACCAAUCAUAAAAGUACGUGAAAACACCACAACCUUCUCCAUUUGAAAAUGAAGUAACUUGAAUAUUGUCUAAGUUGUUCUUCUCUUGUGUUUACUGUAAGUUAAUGAUCAAAUCUUUUCUAAUUUCCUGGCUGCUGCAUUUCUUUUUGUUUAAGUUGGACGUUAUGAACUGGUCAAUGUCCAAAUCUACUAGAAUUAGUGCAAUUAAUGAGCGAGGUGACAACAAAGACUUUUUGUCCUGAGGACUUGACUUCACUGAAAAUAUUUAAAAACAGCUCUUUAUAAUGAUGUUGUUAUAGAUAUUUAUACAACUGAACACUCUUUUAGAAAGCAUUUCCAGUUCCAUGCUAUUGUACAGUUGUUCUACUUUUGUUAUAGAUAGAAAUGUGAAGGGCUGUAAGUUGUAAAUGUCCAUCUGUCUUGCCUCUGUUCUGAACAGAUCGAGAAAACAUGAGAAGAUUUUGUUUAACGUCAUAGACAUUGUUUCAGAAUCUGUGUUUUAAAGACAGACAGAAAAUGUCUUUUUAAAACAUUUGUUUUUCUGAAAGGGAGCUUAAAUGAAGUGAAUUAAUUAUUAUUAGGAAUAAACAUACAACGCAUACAGUAUUCCUCCAAGAAUUCAGACCUGUACACUUUCUUUCACCUUGUUUUGUUACAGCCUUUUGCUAAAAUUUUAGAAUACAUUUUUUUCCUUCAUCAAUUUAUACUCAAUACCCCAUAAUGACGAAGUGAAAACAGGUUUAGAACAUUUUGCAGACCCUUGUGUCAAUACUUAGUUGAAAUGCAUUUGGGGUCUUCUUGGGUUUGACACAAGCUUUGCACACCUACAUUUUUGGGUUUUCUGCCAUUCUUCUCUGCAGACCCUUUCAAGCCAUCAAUCAGACCAGAGAAUCUUGUUUCUCAAAGUCUUGGAGUCCAUCGUGUUCGUGUCUUUCCUGAUCAUUUCCAAUCAGUUCAAUUUACCACAGGUGGACUCAAAUCAAGGUGUAGAGACAUCUCAAAGAUGAUCAAGAGAAAUGGGAGACACCUAAAUAAAAUUUCAAGCGUCAUUGUAAAGAGUCAGAAUACUUAUGCCAAUGUGAUAUUUCAUUUUUUUCUCUUUAGAUACAUUUGCAAACAUCUCUAUAAUCCUGUUUCUGCUUCGUCAUUAUGGGGUAUUGAGUGUAGAAAGCUGCAACAUACCAACAUGUGCUAAAAGGUGAAGGGGCCUGUAUGUGACUCAACUUCUGUAAUAGAUACUUAUGUCUUAAGAAGAGAAUGUCAUUUGGACUUUUUUGACUUUUGUUUGCAACAUGUCUUUUAUGUCUUAUCUGUAGCAUUUGAAUUUUAUUUAAUAUUUUUGUGUAUUUAUUAAAGGUCAAGGUGACAGUGAAUAGAUGCGGUGUUUAAAAAAAUCCUUUGAGGAGAAGUUCUUUCUGAUAAUUAAAAAAAUGUGAAAAAAAUCACAUCUGGGACAAAACGCCCCCUAGUGGUGUCUUUCCUCACCCCUGUUUUGUUCUAGUCAGAGUUUUGUUA